AUGUCGAGCAACGGAAACGGCGGUGCUGUCGGCAACGAGAACGUGAACUUGGACAUUGUCACUCUGACCCGCUUCUUCACGGAAGAGCAGACCAAGUACCCCGAGGCCUCGGGAGACUUCACACUCCUGUGCCAUGCCCUGCAAUUCUCCUUCAAGUCCAUCGCAUACUACAUCCGUCGUGCCUCGUUGAUCAACCUCACCGGGCUGGCUGGCUCCUCCAACACAACCGGUGACGAUCAGAAGAAGCUCGACGUGAUCGGCAAUGACAUCUUCAUCUCGGCCAUGCGCGGCUCCGGCAAGUGCCGUCUCGUCGUCUCCGAGGAAGAAGAGGAGGUGAUCACCUUUGACGAGCACCCCAAUGCCCGCUACGCCGUCGUCUGUGACCCCAUCGACGGCUCCUCCAACCUCGACGCCGGUGUCUCUGUCGGAACCAUCUUCGGUAUCUUCCAGCUGCCCGAAGAGAUCGUGGGCGAAGGCAAGAAGGUCGGUCCCGAGGCCCUGCGCCUUCCCGGCACCGAGCUGGUCGCGGCUGGCUUCACCAUGUACGGUGCCUCUGCCCAGCUGGUCAUCACCAUGCGCGGGGGCGGUGUCAACGGCUUCACUCUCGAGAACUCGCUGGGCGAGUUCAUCCUCACUCACCCCAAUAUGAAACUUCCCGAGACUCGCGCCAUCUACUCCGUCAACGAGGGUAACAGCAUGUACUGGGACGACUGGUGCAAUGAAUACUUUGACAGCCUCAAGCGGCCCGGGGAGGGCCAGAAGCCCUACAGCGCCCGGUACAUCGGCUCCAUGGUCGCUGAUGCCUACCGCACCUUGCUGUACGGUGGUAUCUUUGCCUACCCCGCCGACAAGAAGAGCCCCAAGGGCAAGCUGCGCAUCCUGUACGAGUGUGCGCCCAUGGCGAUGGUCUUCGAGAACGCUGGCGGUCUCGCUGUGAACUCGCGCAUGGAGCGCCUUAUGGAGGUCUGCCCCGAGUCUAUCCACGAUAAGAGCGGCGUCUUCCUCGGCUCCAAGGGAGAAGUCCAAAAGGUCAUCGACAUGUACAACAAGCACCACAAAGAAGUUUAG